UCACCUUUCUAAGCAUAACCUCACCUCAUCUGACGUUUUCGUGGUCAUUCACACUGGCUGUUAGUUUAGUAAAGAUAAUCCCUUUAAGAUAUAAUAUAAACGUGAGCUGCUAACUGAAAAACAAUGGGAAUCAUCGAUGUCAAGGCCCAAGAUCAAUAUGACCAGCUCAUCAAGUCCGAUAAGCCAUCGGUUGUGCUAUUCUCAGUGGAUUGGUCAGAAGAAUGCAAGCAUCUAGCUGAGGUGAUGACGGAACUGUCUAAUCAAGAUGACUUGAAAACUGUUCAGUUCAUCAAGAUUGGUGCAGAGGAUUUUCCAGAAAUUUCAAUGAAACAUGAGAUUGCUGCAGCGCCUACAACCAUUUUCUUCAAACAAGGUUCAGCCGUUGAUCGGGUCGAUGGAGUUGAUAUCCCAGACUUCACAUCAAAGUGCAAGAAGUUGGCUGGAGCGAGCGCAGGAGGCAGUCUUGAGGACAGGCUGAAAGCGUUGAUCAACAAAGGGAAAGUGAUGGUGUUUAUGAAAGGCGAACCCAGUGCACCGCGUUGUGGUUUCUCCAAACAAUUGGUCGCCAUUCUAAACGAGACUGGCGUCGAAUACAAAACCUUCGACAUUCUAACCGAUGAGGACGUGCGACAGGGUCUAAAAACGUACUCAGAUUGGCCAACGUACCCCCAAGUCUACGUAAAUGGCGAACUAAUCGGAGGACUAGAUAUAAUCAAGGAACUUCUCGCUUCCGGCGAACUGGUACCCACUCUCAAGGGCUAGAUAAGCUCAUAGUGUUCGAUUUUAAGUGUAGAUAAAUCAUGGAAGCUGCAACUGCUUGUCGACGACAGUGAAUUCCGUUAUUAUUUAAAUGAAAACAAAAUAAACAAAUUUUCAUUAA